AUGAUCAUGAAAGAAGUUUUCAUCCUUCUGCAUAUGGGUUUGGUCUUCAGUGUCCAUGCCAUUCGAGAGAGUAUCCCCAUGAAGAGCUUGAGCUGCUACAACAACUACAACUCACAGCUGACCUGCACAUGGAUGGAGCAUUCAGAGGCUCAUGCCCUCGUUGGUAUGAUUCUUUACCAAAGGGAUAAUAUUAUAAUGGAGAACAAGGAGAUGCUUUGCAAACGCCAGACAAAAAAUUACUUACAUGAGGCUGCAGACUCCCAUGUGCACUGGGUUUGUCACCUCACCACAGAAAAUUUUGGAAUAGGGGUAAAUGAUAUUUACAGCUUCAAACCUAACAAGAUGCUUCAAGCGGAACUAAACAUUGAUCUUCUCCAAAAUGUUCAGACCCUCCCGCCUCAAAACCUCACAGUCACCUUGGUGAGAUCAGGAGACUUCUUGCUGACCUGGAAAGCAGCUGAUGGAAGCCAAGGGCUGGGCAAUGCCCUGGAGUAUGAAGUCACUUACAAGCGGGAGUGGGAAUCCUGGAAGAAGGCUUCCUCGCUCUUACUCUCCAACACCACAAGUUGCCAUCUCCACCACAAGACCCUUGUCCCGGGGAGCAGCUACGUUGCCCGCGUGCGAGCCAGACCGGGGUGGGCCAGUGGCUUCUCUGGUCCGUACAGCGAGUGGAGCACGGAGGUGUCAUGGGAGACCCCUGAAGGUGGCCUUCAGCCCAGGAACCUUCGCUGCCUCUUCAAUGGUGCAGAUCGUCUGAGGUGCAGCUGGGAAGUGAAGAAAGCCAUCACCACCUCUGUCCUCUUUGGUUUGUUCUUCAGGGCCACUCCGGCAUCAGCAGAAGAAGAGUGCUCUCCUGUGCAUGAGGAGCCUUUGCUCCAUGUCCCGUAUGUGGUCCAGAGCUGUGAGAUCCCUGUUAACAACUCCAGCAGUCAGAGCCAGUACUAUGUGUCUGUCCGGGCCAAGACGGAGGAGAAACUGAUUGAAGCCUACAAGAACAUUAAGGUGCGGCCACCUACAAAUGUGUCAGUGACAGUGACAGAGAACCAAGAGUAUGAACUGAAGUGGAUAAAACAGACUUUGGGUUAUAGCUUCAUAAAACAGAGAUACCAAGUUGAGUACUGGAAAAAUGACCAAUACGAAAAGACUCCCCAGAAGUUAAAUAUCAGCAAUGAUGAACCUCCCUUCAUCUUCACCCUGCAGAUGCUGGCACCAUCUACAGAAUAUAGGGGGAAAAUGCGUGCAAGGGUGAAUACGCCUCUGGAUUAUGAGGGGCCUUGGAGUGAAUGGAGUGAGGAGUUCACCUGGAAAACUGAGAAUGUUCUGCCACCAGUCCUUCUCCCAGUGAUGCUCCCAGCUCUCAUCAUCAUCUUGCUAAUAGUUGCUUAUUGCAGCUAUAAGUAUUUCCUCAGGAAGAAGCAAAUGUGGGAGGAAAAGAUCCCGAACCCCAGCAAGAGUCUCCUGAUCCAGAGCUACCAGGGGAAAGUACCUUUAGGAAACUGGUCAACAAGUAGCCUGCUGGACUUCAACAAAUACAACCUAUCAGAGAAGAUGGAGCAGGCUAGCUUCCUUCAAGUUGUGGACAGGCAGACGAAGACUUUGGCAGCGUCCCCUGAAGGGCAGGCUAAAAAGGCAGAUGUUUCCCCUGUUGCACUGGACCUACAAAACUCAUACCAUGCUUUAAAUGAGCCAGAGCAUGCCCCAGUUGUCUGCUCAAGUCAGAUUGCUGGUCAUUUCUUUCCUAUUUCAAGGAGAAACAGUGUUGGUGGAAGUAUUGCUUCCCAGACAGCAAUUCCUUGCUUUGCUUUCAAUGGUCCAUACUUGUACAGCCCAGUGAUGUCCUCGCAGCCUGAUAUGCAUCAGACCCUGGAAGCGGACCCAGUGGGAGUCCGUGAGAAAUCAGUCUCCCUUCAGUAUGUGACCCUCCCAAAGGAAGACUGUCCCCAGGCUCCACUAAGGCAAGGACAGCCAGGGGCAGGUCCUUCACAGACCUUUCAGCUCCCAGAUCAGAAGGAAGUGAUGCAGCACCUCGAUGAUGAGAAAGAAUUCUCACUGGUCCCACCAGCCUGUGGGAAAGGCAAGAAUGAGAGAACAGAAGAGCAGAAAUCUCCAAAGGCUCUCAGCUGUACCAGGUCUCCUCAGCAGUGCCCCUUGGAGUACAUCACCACAGAGAGCCUGUUACUGCCAUCAGCCAACGACUCUAACCAUCUGCCACUUGUCACUGCUGGGGAGUCACCUUGUGACUCACAGGAGCCCCAGCCACCCAGAGACCACUCUUGCCAUGAGUUUUCUCCUGGGAAAACUGGUGUCACAGUCCCAGUUUCAGGUCAAGCACCAACCUCUUCUCCUGAAUUGCACCUGGAUACAUUUGGAGACUAUCUUACUGUCCCUUUAGGUCUCCAUGGACAUUCAGAACCCGCAAAGAUUUCUUUGCCUGUCUUACAGAAGGGAAAUGAUCUUCUUAGAAAGCAGCCUUUGUCAGAGGGUAACUUGGUGGUGUUAAACCCUGACAGCACUGAGCCAAUUUUCCUUUGCCAGGUUGGUGACUAUUGCUUCCACAGCCUAAAAUCCAGUGUGAAGAUGGAUAUUAGUCAGGAAGACCACGAAGUCAAGAAACUUUCUGAAGGCAAGACAACACCUGGGAAGCCUGUAUCUGAUGACGAAGCCAUCACUGGCAAGCAAAAGGAGGCAUCAAAAAUGCAGGCUAUUCAGCUUUUCAAAAACCUGAAAUCAGAUGAUUACUUUUCCUGGCAGCAAUCUUUGAGGAUCGCAGAAAUCUGUUAA